AUGGCUUUAAUGGCUCGGGCCCCUCGCUCCAAGAAGGACGCCCUGAGGAAAGGCUGCGAGCCCAGAGGCUCGACCGCUCUCUCCGGCUACCUGCUGCUGUCUUCGCCCGGUGAAUACGCCGCAUCGCUCGUCGGUCUGUGCCAAGGGCUCGCAGGUGGCAGCCCCUUCGCCGACCCGCCGGGAGAGUUUCUGUUUUUCCUCUACCAUCCCUUCCGGAGGCACUUCUGCUUCUGCGCAGACUCGGCGGGAUCGCGGCGGAUCUGGAGGGCCGCUCUUCGGGACGGCAUUCGCUACCGCAAAUUACAGAGGAGGGAUUCUCCGGAAGCGGAGGCGUUCCUCGAGGCUGUGCGGUUCUACAGGCAAGAGAGAGGCCGCUACGGGGCGGGGGAUCUUCUCCUGGGGCCGGAACCUGAGUUUCUCCAGGAGGUUUACGCCCUGAUCCUCAGCGAAAUCUCCAGCGAAUUUGAAGGUUUUCGGGAGGAGAGGGAGAAACUACAGCUUGAGCUGGAGAAGAGAAUUCGCCCCGACCUGGAUCAGAUGCUGACUCUGAAGGAUCAGAUAGCCAGCAAGCUCCAAGGUUGGGCAAACGGGGGGGUGGAAGGCGGGGAAAAAAAAAAAAGCAGGUUCAAAAAAAAAAACCCCCAAACUGGACAAAUCCGGGAAAUUCGUCCGCCCGUAGUCGCAGGCCGUGGUUUGUGA